AUGGUGAUCGCUAUUUUCACCACCUUUUUUCCCUCUCUCUCUCCCCCCCCCCCCCAGUUCCGCAACUUCAAAAUUAUCUACAGGCGCUACGCAGGGCUUUAUUUCUGCAUUUGUGUGGACGUGAACGACAACAACCUCGCCUACCUAGAAGCCAUUCACAACUUUGUGGAGGUGCUGAAUGAAUAUUUCCACAACGUCUGUGAGCUCGACCUCGUCUUCAACUUCUACAAGGUUUACACCGUGGUAGACGAGAUGUUCCUAGCCGGCGAGAUCCGAGAGACCAGCCAGACGAAGGUCCUGAAGCAGCUCCUCAUGUUGCAAUCCUUGGAAUGAGAUGCAGUGAAGUAGAUCGCCUCGGAUCUCCCCCCGGCAAGAUCCUGCCGCUACCCCCCCCCCUCCAGGGCUCAUCUCUCUUCACCCCCGUCCCCUGAAUCAGUGACUUGCCCGGAGCAAUUUUUUGCCACUUAACCUGUAGCCGGAGGUUUGGGGGAAGCGAGGGGGGGCAUCUUGAAUUGGCAUUCCUAGUUCGGAUUCCUAGCCGCGCUUCCUCCUGCGAAGGGGGCGGGGAGGCCGCUGGUUGGGGCUGGGUUGCUUUUCUGGAAAAGGGUGGGAGUGGGGAAGUGGAGAUAGCUGCCGUCACCCCACCCUCCCUGUGCUACCAUCCCAACACAACCUUCUGUCUCUGCCCUCCGUGUCACCAGCCUGCUGCCCAUCCCUCCCCGUCCAUCCACAUAAGAAAAAAACGUGUUGUGCCGCGUCUGCCGUAGAAGAGGGACCACAAGUGUGUGUGAGUGUGCGUGAUGACUGUUUGUACUGCCAGUAAAGUGAUGUACUGAUUAAAUAAAGCAUCUAUGGGACACUUAAACCCCCACCAA